AAACAAGAUGGCUGACUUACGUCAUUGAAAUACGCUCUGUGUAUGUUCAGAUGUUUAUAAAUUAAAAUAUAGAAUAGAUUCGUUGAUACACUAUGUCGAAUUUGUGUUCUAGAAUUGUUUCAAAACCUCCAAAAAGGUUACAAGACAGUAGGGAUAGUAUGUCCGUCGCUCAAACAAAUACUUGGAUGAAUGCAGAAAAUAUUAACAAUGGUGGAGGUAUUUCAUUGUCCCCGCCACAUACAAUAUCCCAGCGUGAAACAGGCACACAAGUAUCUCAAUGUUAUAGUGGGCCACCUUCUCCUUGCGGUUCUUCCAAUUCUGCAACCUCACCUACAGUUUCUCCUGCACCUCCACCAGGCACCGCUACUCUUGAUCCAAAUUGGCAAGCCACUAAACCCACAAUUCGUGAAAGGAAUGCAGCAAUGUUCAACAACCAAUUGAUGGCUGAUAUUACAUUUAUAGUUGGUAGCCCAGGACAUACACAAACUAUUCCAGCACAUAAAUAUGUAUUAGCUACAGGCAGCUCAGUAUUCUAUGCUAUGUUUUAUGGAGGAUUAGCUGAAUGCAAGCCAGAAAUUGAAGUACCAGAUGUAGAACCAUCGGCUUUUCUUAUCCUGCUAAAGUAUUUAUAUUGUGAUGAAAUACAGUUAGAAGCAGAUACAGUAUUAUCAACUUUGUAUGUAGCAAAGAAGUAUAUUGUACCACAUUUAGCUCGGGCUUGUGUCAACUAUCUGGAAACAAGCCUUACAGCAAAAAAUGCAUGUUUACUGCUUAGCCAAUCUCGGUUAUUUGAAGAACCCGAACUGAUGCAAAGAUGUUGGGAAGUGAUAGAUGCGCAGGCAGAGAUGGCCCUAACGUCAGAAGGAUUUGUUGAUAUUGAUGUAUCAACCUUGGAAUCAGUAUUGGCCAGAGAAACUCUUAACUGUAAAGAAAUAAAUCUCUUUGAAGCUGCAUUAGCAUGGGCACAAGCUGAAUGUGUACGGCGAGAAAUAGAGACAACGCCCAUAAACAAGCGAGCCAUGCUAGGCUGCGCCUUAUAUUUGAUUAGAUUCCCAACAAUGACAUUGGAAGAAUUUGCAAAUAGUGCUGCACAACUUGGUAUUUUGACUCCCCAAGAAACAAUAGACAUAUUCUUACACUUUACUGCAGCUAACAAACCACAAUUAUCUUAUCCUAUCAAAGCCAGGGCUGGCCUAAAGGCUCAGAUUUGUCACAGAUUUCAGUCAUGUGCAUACAGAAGUAAUCAAUGGAGGUAUCGAGGCCGCUGUGACUCUAUACAGUUUUGUGUGGAUAAAAGGAUUUUUGUUGUUGGUUUUGGACUAUAUGGCUCAUCAAAUGGUGCUGCAGACUAUAAUGUUAAGAUUGAAUUGAAGCGUUUAGGCAGAGUACUUGCUGAAAAUAAUACUAAAUUUUUCUCUGAUGGAUCAAGUAAUACCUUUCAUGUAUAUUUUGAAAACCCAAUACAAAUUGAACCAGAAUGUUUUUACACAGCUUCUGCUAUCCUAGAUGGAAGUGAGCUCAGUUAUUUUGGACAAGAAGGUCUGAGUGAAGUCUAUAUGGGUACAGUGACUUUCCAAUUUCACUGUUCAUCAGAAAGCACAAAUGGAACUGGAGUUCAAGGUGGACAGAUACCGGAACUUAUCUAUUACGGGCCAACUGUAAACACUUCCAUAACUAACCCAAAUACGAAUGAGGACUGACAAUUGAGUAGAAGGCGAUAUCUCAAUUAUUACUCAGUAUAAAUACCACUAGAUUUAGAACUCUGAACAUAACCUGAAGAGAAUAUUUAUAACUAUUACUAAUCAUUCCCAAAUGUUAAAUUAUUUUGUUGGAUAUUAAAAUUUGUGUAUAUUGUUGAACUUAAAUAGAAUAUAAGUACCUAAAAAUGUGAUAUGGGUGUUGUAAAAGCUCUCUAUAAAUUCAUAGAUAUUAGAUCAAUACUUUACAAUUCUUACUAAAAAAUCAUUGCGAUAAAUAAAUACCUUAAUUUAUGUUUGUUAUUUAUUUAUUUAAAAUUAGUUAUAUAUACCAGCUUUGUAUUAAAAUAUCUGUUAACUUUAAUUUUGGAUUUGGGGUUUGGGCCCAAAAGAGUUAGUAUUAUUGGUAAAAAACGUCAAAUCUACUUCCUUGAAGUAAAAACAUAGAAUCAGAAAGUCCAUUUAAUACAAGGACAACUUCUUUAUUUUUUUUUUACUUUAAUAAUUUUCCGUGUGGAGGCAGUGUAAAAGAAUCCAUCACUACUUAUUUACGUGGUCGAGCCACACUAAAAAUAAGGGGUGUUUUUUUAAGCUAGAUAGAACUUUAAAUUGUAAAAAGUAACACAAAAAAUUAAAUUUUGAUGAAAUAUUUUUUUUUAUCGUUUCAGUAUACUCUGACAAAUCAUCAUGAAUAGACUCACGCUUGAACAACGCUACGAAAUUAUCCAAAUUUACUUUGAAAAUCAGUCGUCGAUUCGCGCAACUUAUAGACGACUUCGUCAUUUUUAUGGCGUACAUAAUCGUCCAUCUGAACAAGCCAUUCGUCGAACUGUGGAUAGAUUUCGUACCACAUACUCUCUAGAGGAUGCAAUAACACCAACACGUUGAAGGAAUGUGCGUACUGAAGAGAAUAUCGCCGCUGUAAACGAAAGUGUGGAAGAAGAUCCAAAUUUAUCGAUUCGUCGUCGGUCGCAGGAAUUGGGGCUCUGUCCGUCCACUACGUGGAAAAUUUUGCGCAAAGAUCUCGGCCUACACCCGUAUAAGAUCCAGCUGGUGCAGGAAUUGAAGCCACGAGACCAUUAUAUGCGUCGUUCUUUCGCCGAUUGGGCUCUAGAGCAGUUGGCAACUAACCCGUUGUUUUAUCGCAAAAUUGUGUUCAGCGAUGAGGCGCAUUUUUGGCUUAACGGGUUUGUUAAUAAGCAAAAUUGCCGCAUAUGGAGCGAGACCAAUCCACAAGAGACCCUACAGACUCCAUUACAUCCAGAAAAAUGCACCGUUUGGUGCGGUUUUCACGCUGGUGGCAUCAUCGGACCUUAUUUCUUCAAAAAUGAGGCCGGAGCUCGCGUUACGGUCAAUGGAGAUCGUUACCGCACCAUGAUCAAUGAUUUUUUGUUUGAAAAUAUGGAUGACAUUGAUCCGGAGGAGAUGUGGUUUCAACAGGAUGGCGCUACGUGCCAUACGGCGAACGCAACCAUCGACUUAUUGAAAUCAAAAUUUGGCGAUAAGUUGAUUUCGAGAAAUGGACCUGUCAAUUGGCCUCCAAGGUCGUGCGAUUUGACACCUCUCGAUUAUUUCCUGUGGGGCUACGUAAAGUCACUGGUUUAUGCUGAUAAACCAGCAACAAUUGACGCCUUGGAGGCCAGCAUUGUUCGUGUUAUUCGUGACAUACGGCCAGCAGUGCUCGAAAAAGUGGCCCAAAAUUGGACGUGCAGAAUGCGCUUCGUCAAGAACAGCCGCGGUGCCCAUAUGCCCGAAAUCAUUUUCAAAUGUUAAUGUCACGUAUUGAUCUUUCGAAUAAAAAAAAAAUUUUGAUUACAAUU